AUGUCCAACAGCAGCUCCUUCGAUGAGUUCCUCCUCCGGGCAUUUGCGGACACACGGGAGCUGCAGCUCUUGCACUUCUCGCUCUUCCUUGGUGUCUACCUGGCUGCCCUCCUAGGCAAUGGUCUCAUCAUCACAGCCAUAGCCUGUGACCACCAUCUCCAUACCUCCAUGUACUUCUUCCUCCUCAGUCUCUCUGUUCUGGACCUAGGCACCAUCUCCACCACUGUCCCCAAAUCCAUGGCCAAUUCCCUGUGGGACACCAGGGCCAUUUCCUACUCAGGAUGUGCUGCCCAGGUCUUCCUGGUUGUGUUCUUGUUCACAGUAGAGUAUAUUCUUCUUACUGUCAUGGCCUAUGACCGCUUUAUUGCCAUCUGCAAACCUCUGCAUUACAGGACCAUCAUGGGCAGCAGAGCUUGUGUCAGAAUGGCAGCAGCUGUCUGGGCCAUCCACAAAGCCCCGAGGAAGCAAAUGUCCAACAGCAGCUCCUUCAACGAGUUCCUCCUCCUGGCAUUCGCCGACACCCAGGAGCUGCAGCUCUUGCAUUUCUUGCUGUUCCUGGGCAUCUACCUGGCUGCCCUCCUGGGCAACGGCCUCAUCAUCACAGCCGUAGCCUGCGACCACCACCUCCACACCCCCAUGUACUUCUUCCUCCUCAACCUCUCUCUCCUCGACCUUGGCAUCAUCUCCACCACUGUCCCCAAAUCCAUGGCCAAUUCCCUGUGGGACACCAGGGCCAUUUCCUACUCGGGAUGUGCUGCCCAGGCCUUUUUCUUCUUUUUUUUAUUUGCAACAGAGUUUCAUCUCCUCACAGUCAUGGCCUAUGACCGCUUUGUUGCCAUCUGCAGACCUCUGCACUACAGAACCCUCAUGGACAGCAGAGCUUGUGUCAAAAUGGCAGCAGCUGCCUGGGCCAGUGGUUCUCUCCAUGCUCUCCUGCACACUGCUAACACAUUUUCAAUACCACUCUGCCAAGGCAACACAGUGGACCAGUUCUUCUGUGAAGUGCCCCAGAUCCUCAAGCUCUCCUGCUCAGACGCCUACCUCAGGGAAGUGGGGCUUCUUGCGGUUGGUACCUGUUUAUCUUUGGGGUGUUUCAUUUUCAUUGUGGUGUCCUACGUGCAGAUCGUCACAGUCGUGCUGAGGAUCCCCUCUGAGCAGGGCCGGCACAAAGCCUUUUCCAUGUGCCUCCCUCACCUGGCUGUGGUCUCCCUGUUUGUCAGCACUGUCAUGUUUGCCUACCUGAAGCCCCCCUCCCUCUCCUCCCCAUCUCUGGAUCUGGUGGUGGCUGUUCUGUACUCGGUGGUGCCUCCAGCAGUGAACCCCCUCAUCUACAGCAUGAGGAACAAGGAGCUCAAGGAUGCCCUGAGGAAACUGGUUCAGUUAGUACUGUUUCAGCAGCAAUAA